AUGGCAGCCGUGUCACCACGUCCCUGGAUUAGCACAGGCAAGCGACAAAACGGAUUCAUCAUCCUUGCAUUGAGCGCUGGAGCUGCAGACACCAACAGCACGGGCAUCGCGGGCUUGGCAGUCCAACUGUUCUCAGCGGACUUGAAGAGAAGAUGCAAUAAGAGCUGCUUGAGGAUGUACUUCCACGUCAGUCAACUCGAAUGUGAGUUGAGUAGGACCAACUGCCUCUCUGGCUUACCAGUGCGUGACGGAUUCGAAAGCUACGGAGGUGACGCAUACUUCAACGAAGCCUGGCGCCCGGUGAUGAUUGUCGACCAGGGUCUGCAGGAAGAUUCCAAGGUGGUGGUGAGGCCGGGAGAUGAUGAUUGGGAGAGGUGCAAGUUUCGUUUCCGCUCUUCCCUCUUCUCUUUAGUGACCUUAGUGGAUCAUCUUUACUUUUUGCACCUGCAACUCGCGAAUUUCUUCGUGACCUCCGUGCGAGAACAGAUGUCCGAGUCGCAUCCCAUCCGACGUUUCUUGACGCCCUUCACUUAUCAAACCAUCUCAAUUAACGACAACGCAGCACACAACCUGGUCGCACCACGGUCUAUGGGCCCGCGCUGCUUUGCCAUGACAGACCAGGGCUUCAACUUGGCAUUUGCAGCAGCACCACAUCUACAAGUCUGGGGCUAUGAGGUUCCAGCUGAAGAUGGAGGACCUUUGUUAAAUUUGAGAAGUUAUUUUGCCUACAAAAAGCGGCAGGGUGUUGACACCGAGUAUUUCCGACAAGCCUCAGAGCUCUAUGAGAUCUAUCAUCGCUUUUUGUCUAGCUAUGUGGAAUGUUAUUAUCCGACCAAAGAGGCCUUGGUGAAAGACGAAGAGUUACUGGCCAUGGCUGAGCACUUCUUUAUCGACUCCGAAGCAGCUGCAGCAGGUUCCAUGGGCCGACGGCAUCCAUGGGUCAAGAUCAUUGAUGCAGAUGCACCCGUCGAAGAAGCUUAUGAGUUUUAUCUAGACUGGCUUGCCAGUCUUAUGUGGAUGGUCACAGCAGGGCACGAGCAGAUGGGCGCCGUUGAAGUCUAUGCGCAGGAUGUCUCGUGGACCUCCUUCAAAUGGCUGAAAGGAGCAACCUGCGGAACGAAACAGACAGCUACAGCGCAAGCUUUACUGAUGUCCUUUACUUCGACUCCAAUGCCCAAGUUGAUCGGAGAUGGAGAUGAUUGGUCUCAUUUGUUUCCAAAGGCCUCAGUCUUGGCUGGUCGAACUCCGGAACUUUGCUACAAGAAGUUUCAUGAGGACUUGAAAGCCAUGUCUUUGAGGUGCGAACAGUACAAUGCCGAAGCUCACACCAGACCCUUCCCAGAGUGCUUUCCAAUGUACACCAACAACCCAGGUGUCUUGGAGUGUUCCAUCAGUGUGUGAGAAUAUGUGAGACCAUGUGAGACCUCAGUGCUGUAAUGGUGCUGUAUGAUCUGUAUUUACCAAUGCCAGUUUCACGAAAGAUCGCGAAAGUACAAUGCCACAACGCGUUUUCACGCUUUUUCCAUUUUUGCAGUGCACGCCAAUCAGCUUAGACAAGCUCCAAUCUUUUUGGACAACCGAUACCCACUUGGAUUCGGUCAGCUGAGAGCAGUGGUGAUAAUGACCUCAUCAUUUUGCUUGAAGCCGAAGUAGCCGAAGUAGUCGAAGUCAGCAUCUCCUCAGGAGUCUGGACGCACAUGGACCCAUGAGACACAAAAUGACGCACCAACAGUGCAAAA